ACCGGAAUCACAACAAACACCCGGUUCAUGGAUCCUCGUCAGGAGUGUUUAUAUUUAAAUCUGCUCUGAACAGAGCUGCGCCUCGGCGAUGAGCAGCAGUUUCCUCCUCCUGCUGUCCCACACAGACCUCCGCAGGUGGCCGGUCCUGCUGGUCCGGUCCCGGCACUCGGUUCUGCUCAGGAGGUUCUGUUCGGGUGUUCGGAUCAGCCGCAGCCUGCAGGAGAAGUACCGCCUCCUGCAGCUGCCUGAGGAGGAGCGCAGCAGCCCUGAGCAGGUGAGGAGCGCCUACCUGCGCCUCGCCAAGCUCUACCACCCGGACUCCGGCGCCGCCACGGCCGACCCGGUUCUGUUUGCUCGGGUGGAGGAGGCCUACCGGGCGGUUCUGACCCAUCAGUGCAGAACCCGUCUCUCUGAUGGAGCGGAGGAGGAGGAGGAGGAGCAGAGGUCCAGGUGGGUGGCUCUGCAGCACCGACACUACCUGAGCUACGACGGCGUGGGCUCGGGCCCGCCCGGCCAGCGGGAACGUCAGUACCAGCAGGCCCGUGUGGACCGGGCCGCAGAGCAGGUUCUGGACUACAGGCGGAGGGAGCAGGAGCGCGCGGCGGCGGGGGCGGCGCUGCUGCAGCGGGACGUGCGCCAGCGCAGCAGGAGGAUCACGCAGGCCGUGGAGCGGCUGGUGGAGGACCUGAUCCAGGAGUCCAUGGCCCGCGGAGACUUCCAGAACCUGAGCGGCACCGGGAAACCCCUCAACAAGUUCCAGCACAACCCGUACGCCGACCCCAUGACCCACAACCUGAACCGCAUCCUGGUGGACAACGGCUACCAGCCCCCCUGGGUGGCCACGCUGCGGGACAUCAGGGAGGCCGCGGGCCGGGUCCGAGACCGGCUGCUGGAGGGCCGGGCCCGGCUGGGCGACCCGAUGAGCCCGGCGGAGCGGGACCAGUGGGAGCGGCUGUGCGGCUCGGUCCAGGAGGAGCUGCUGAGGCUCAACAAGAAGGUGGACCUCUUCAACCUGACCGUCCCCUCCCUCAGCAUGCAGAUGGUCCACUUCAGCCUGACCCGGGAGGCCGACCGGGCCACGAGACGGGCCGAGCAGCGCCGAGCCGACCUGCAGACGGAGAGAGAGAGGGAACGACAGAGGAGGAAGGAGGAGAAGAAGAGAAGCAACGCUGCUGCUAAAGCUAAUAACGCUAAUAAAGCUAAAGAACCAGGACUCCUGUCCUGGGUGCAGAACUUCCUCCGGUUCUGACGGGUCCAAAAACCCAACCAGAACCUUCAGGUUUCAUUAGAUGAAAACCUCUGAACACGUUAUUUUAAAGCUUUAAUGGGUUUUUCUCCUGAUGGUUCCGGUGUUCUGCUUUAUUAUUCAGACAAAUCUUUAAUUUAUUUAAAAAAACUAUAAAUUAAAUAAUAAUUAUUUAAAUUU